AUGAAAGGCAUUAGUGGGAUGUUCGUGGGAGCAUUUUCGUCGCUUUCGAGUUCCCUUUCUUGCUGCGCAUGCGUCGAUGAUCGGCCUCGUCAAUAUGUUUCAGAGAAGGAGUCAUUCGUGGUCUUGAAGAACCAACCUUCGUCUGUCCCACCGCCAUCCGUUGAGCAGGCUUGGCAGAACAGAGGUCAUGAGCUACCCAUGGAGCGCACGUCGAGGAGGAGGCGUGGGUCUGGACGGAGUAGCUUCUCUGUGAGAAGGGGACUCUUAUCAAAACCGACAUCAUCGCGCCGGCCGCAGAUAUCCGCUCCCUCAAACUUCCGUCAUAUCUACUCGGAAUCCUUUCGGUUUCCGGACUAUGGGCUGCCUCGUGCGAGGCCGAGGCCACUUUCUUUUCGUCCACUUGAACUUAGCAUCUACCAGCACGAUAAUCACUUGUCACCUAUCCUAUCUCCUGUCGACUACCCUAGCCCGCCUGUCACACCUCCACAGCGCGUUGUCACACAUUCCCCGCACAGCGAUGGUAGCUACACCGUCGCGCACGCGCGUAGCUACUCUUCCUCCUUGUCAUUCCACAUUCCACGUAAGGCCACCAACACCGGAUCCGUCUUCGACUCGCCCCGGUCAGGCUCGGAUACAAUUACGCAGCCUUCGCCGGCUCGGAAGAGAGCGCAGUCGAUUAAGGCAAAUGAGUCAGCCAUGGACGACCUGAUCGAAAAGGUCGCAACUGCAAUGUUAGAGAGGGAUCGGAUCCAAAAGCAGCUCGACGACGUCAUCGAGAGGCAGAGCAUCUAUGUCAGUAGUCGACCAUCUACUGCUAAUGAAAUGCGGCCUUCCACCACCCGUUCAAUCGUCGACAUGGAGCCAAUGCCGGAAAUCCCAGCUUUGCCGCCAAAUGCGCCUUCGUUCAGCGAGCGUGUCACCUCUGAUCGCCCCAGAACCGCGCCGCCCAAGGGCUCUGUUUACAUUCCUUACCGGGAGAAGCCACUUUCCGAAGAAUCCCCUGCUUUCGCCUCUGCUUUUGCCUUGUCGUCAUCAAGUCGUUGCAUCGAGGGACGCCCUCCACCACCGCCGCUACCACUACGUCUACGUCCGCCUUUACGUAAGAAGAAAUCCUUCUCGCAUGUGUCAAACUGGCUAGGCUUCUCAGGCUAUCAACAACCCGCCCGUGAUAUCAGCCUGGACUCCAUCACGAACAAACCCAAGCCUAUUCAGCCCAACGACGGCUUCUAUCAGAUUGCGACACCCAGUCAACCUGAUGAACCGGCGCGCAGGUUGAGCUUCGAGUCCGAAGAGUCUGUGAGCGACUGGUCCUCCAGCGAGGACUUAGAACAGCAGACGGUACCAACAAGUUGGAGCCCGAGUAGUAGCACGACGGUCAGGGCUGCCGAUCCGCCAAGGGCUGUCAUGUUUGGCCAGGCGCCUCGACGAGAGAGUGUUGGCGUAGCCUUCUAG